AUCUCGAAGUGGAUAUAAGUUUAAUUCUACACAUAUCUACUAAACAAUACUUUUGUUAUUUGCGAGAGUGCUUGUAGAGAUAAAUAAAAUUGUCUGCUGAUAAUUUCCGUGAUGUAUGUAUGUGUAACAAUAAAAAAAUCAAGUAAUAUAUAUAUAUACAUACAUACAUACAUCAUACGUACGUACAUACGUAUGUACGUACAUCAUAUACGUACACAUAUCAUACAUACACACACUCAUAUACAUAUAUAUAAAAUUUUCUUUUUUCUUUUAAUAAAAAAGACCGAUUAAAAGAUAUUCGAACGCCAUUCGUGUAUCCCUAGAGAAUAUACAUCGAUUCGGUUGAACGCAAUGUAUUGCUCUCAACUUAAUUGGUCGAAUGUUUCGCGGCAUAUAUGUAGAUAGAAGCCAUUAAACAAAGGGUAAAUAAGUAUCCGAGUAUUGCUACGAGUAAAACGUAAGAGAGAAGAAAGAUUUUAGAAUGAAACAAGACAUUCUGUGUUUUAAUACGCUUUGAGAAAAUCCACGUAUACUAUGUAUUAAUAUCAAAAGAGAUCGCGAAAAAAAAAGAGGAACAAAAAGUAUCAUUCGAGUUUUCAAGGUGUUACUUUUCCUUUCGUCUGGGCAUCACUGCCGAAGGCAUUGGACUCAACGUCGUGGCAUGUUCGAACGACGCAUCACGGAUCCAAAGACAAUUUUGGAUUAAUCAGUAUUCAAAAUAUCUGCAAGACAAUGAAUUCGGGUUAUUUCAAUUUACCUCUUAAUAUGGACAGAGUAUGUAGAAUCUGUCUAACAGAAAGUAGCAAUUUAUCACCUAUUUUCUGUACCGAUCAAGAGGUAGAUGAUUUCUCAGAUCUUCCACAAAAAAUACAAGUAUGUGGUUCAAUUGAUAUUCACGAGCAAGAUGGAUUGCCAUCUUUAAUCUGCGAUGUUUGUGUUUAUAAAGCAAGUGUUGCUCAUGAGUUUAGACAACAAUGCCAACAUUCCAAUGCUAGACUGAGAAUGUAUUAUAAUAAACCUGAAAAAUGCAAUGUCAUGGAUUCGUGUACGCAAACAGAUUUUUCUCCAUGCAUUGAUCUACCAAAAAAGACAACAAAUGUGCAAGACAAUUCUUUUAUAAAAGAAGAAAUGCAAAUAGUAUCAAAUUCUCAAGACUUCAAUAAUACUAACAAUACUUAUACUUCAAAUACACCUAGUCUAACUACUACCGAAAUCGACAUACAAGAUGAAAAAAUCUUUAUGUGUUCUAUCGGGUUUGAAGGUCCCAAAGAGAUUGGUAAAGAACAAUGUUCUACUACAGAAAGCAAUAUUAAUCAAAAUUCAUCCAUUGAAUCUGCUUCUCAAGUAGAUACAUGCGAUAUUUAUGAAACAAUGGAUGUAGAUAAUAAGCCUCAAGAGGAGCAUAGUAUUACUAAAGAAUCGGAAAAAAAUUCUAAACAACAACAAGAAGAAGAACAGUUUUCAAACGAACGCGUGUCCGAUGAUACAGGGAUUGAAAAGGAGACACUUCCACAGAAACGUACGUCAACAAGGAAAACGAAAUCAAUGCCUAACAAAUCUUACAGCGAAGAUGAAGGAGAUGAUAAUUAUUAUGAUCCAAGUAGCGACAGUCAAGAUUCAGAAGAAUUGAAGUUCAAGUGCAAAAUUUGUUUAAAGCGUUAUGCAACACAGAAAGGCUUAAAAAAACAUUCUCUUGUCCAUGAAAAGAAGCACAAAUGUAAUAUUUGUUUAAAACUGUUUUAUAAACAAGAAAAUAUGGAAAAACAUAAAAAGAUACAUGCAUCUAAACCUCAUGCUUGCCAAUUAUGUCAUGCCUGUUUUUCUAAGUCUCAGAGUCUUGUACGCCAUCUGAAGUCUCAUACAGAGAAAGUAAAUGAUAUGAUUAAACAAAUAAAUACCGAUGAACGAAAAGACGACAGUGAUUCAAAAAAAGAACCAAAGUGUGAAGAUGACACUGAAGAUGAAAGUGGUACAGUAAAUGAACCAGAUGAAUUUGAGAAUGCUCCUGAAUUAUAUAAAUGUGAAAUCUGUAAUCAGUAUUGUUCUUCCUUAAAAAAUUUAAAAAGACAUGCUCUUGUACAUGGGGAUAAAAAGUAUUCUUGCACAGUAUGUAAAAAGUGGUUUUUCAGGCCAGACACAUUAAAAAAACAUGCUGAAAAACAUGGGCAUGGAUUAUUAGAUAAUUUAGUAGAUGAUAACAAACUAUUUGAUUCAGAUGAUGAUGCUUUUCCAAAUGACACAACAAAUACUUUACCAGAAAAUGAAACUGUUAAGAAAGAAGAUAGUGAAGAAGAUGGAUCUGGUGAAUACAAGUGCCAACAUUGCGAUAAAAUUAUGGCUACUAAGAAAGGCCUUAGGCGUCAUGUGUCCAUGCAUAAGCCUAAAGCUGAACCAGUAACUUGUGAAAUAUGUAGAAAAGUUUGUGCUAGUCAAGCUCGUCUUGUUCUUCAUCAAAGGACACAUAAACCGAAGGAAAAAGUGCCACGAGAAUAUCUAUGUCAUAUUUGUAGUAAAGUAUAUCCAAGUAAUUCAUCGCUUACGUAUCAUAUGAGAACUCAUACAGGAGUGAAACCACAUGUAUGCAAAACAUGUAAUAGUGGAUUUACAACAACUACUAGUUUGGCAAAUCAUAUUCGUAUUCAUACAGGGGACAAACCUUUUGUAUGUCAUGUUUGUAGUGCAGCAUUUGCUGUGAGUUCAGCAUUUAGGAGACAUUUGACACGACAUACAGGUGAAGCAAAUUAUCUCUGCAAAACGUGUGGCAAAGCUUUCAAGCGACUUAGUACUCUGAAAGAACAUACUUAUACUCAUUCUGGUGAAAAACCUUAUGUUUGUAAAACCUGUGGCGCUGCAUAUAGUCAUAGUGGCAGUUUAUUUGCACAUCAGAAACGUUGUCGUGUCCAGUAUGGUGAAAUGGUUGUAGAUGAACAUCAUCAUGCUGUUGCACAUCAUAUUCAUGUAAAUAAUGUGCAAUCUGCAGUGAGAUCACUUACUGUGAUAGGGCAGAUGUUCUAAAGAGUAAAAUCGGUGAUAUGAAAUACACUUAUUUUACUUAAAUAUUUAUGUGAGAAUAAAUUCAUGACUCCAUAAGUGUUCCCAUGAUGGGAAUAACACUAAUAUUAUUCUUUUCAUGAAAAAAUAAUGUAUUAUCGAGAAUACUCUUUACUGUAAAUAUUUAGGCAGCUCUUUUUUAUAAUAAAAACAUUUGUUUAAAUAUUUGCAUCAUGUAUUAAAGAUGCUGGAACUAGUGCUUCGUUAUAGAAAGUACAUAAUCUAAUAUGUUUGAUCAAUAACAAUAUUAUACAAAUUUAUUUCUGUAUAUUUGUAUAAUAUAAAUUAUACAUAUAUUCCUAAAAAAUUGUCCAUAUAAACUUGACAAUUCACAAAGCACUAAUUUGAUCUAUUACAAGAAAAACAGCAUGGCAGGGAACAUUUUAUGAAUUUUCUACAUAAAUUAGUAAUAUUAUUUUAAUUUCUGCAAAUACACAUGUUAGGGAAGAGACUGAUUAUUAUUCAUCUGAACUUUAGAUGCCUAAAAAAUUGUAAAUAUUUUAAAUGUUAAGAAUUAUUAUUUUGUGUGUAAUAUGGUUUUCACAUUGAAUAUAAAUAUUCCUUUAAUUCUAGCCUUCUAUGUAGUUUCAGUAUUCGAAAUAAGUGAGCGAAUCUGUAUACAAGAACUUUAAAUAUUUUUAAAACUACGAAGAAGAAAACAAAUUUAGUAAAGCAAAAUUUUUUGUAUAAUAUAUAGAAAAACCAUAAUCUUUGCUAAACUAUAUAAAUUUCAUUGAAAGAACCUUAUCUAUAACAACAAAACAGAACUUUUAAUUGCUUUUUAUAAAUACGAUUUCAUCAUAAAAAUAAUAUUGAAAACUGGAAUAGAAAGAUGUUUUGCAUUUUCUAUACAAGUAAAAUUUUAUAAUGCAUACAAUAUUUCACAUGGCAUAAUUCAUUUCUUUGUAAUUAAUUGUAAAGUAAAUAUCUUCAUUUACAAAUUUACAAAACUUAUAAUUAAUAAUCAUAUAUAUAUACAUAUAUAUUUCAAAUGAAUUCUUUCUACUAAUAUCUAAAAAACAUUGUGUAAAUAAAAUUGUGUAAUAUUAAUGAUGAUGGUAAAAUAGGCUGUUUGAAAAAAAAAAAAUAUAUUUAAUUUCUCUUUAUCUUUUAUUAGUAUUCUAAUUCGUUAAUGGUUUAUCAGAGAGUAGAACAUAUUCAUUUUAAAAUAUAUAGUAUUGUUUUUCUAUAAAAAAUACUUUAAAAAAAUUAGACUUAAAGAAAUAAAUCAAUCUGUUAAAGAAACAGAUACAUCUAAUUGUGAUU